CAUUACGCCGCUUCUGUCGUUCAUCGAGCAGUGUCGUCGGCUUGUGAAUGCUUGUGAGGCUUCUACUACCUCUGAGUGCAAUUUACAUGAUCAAAACCGGGUUUAUAUGUGUUCAUCUUUGUAUAUGCGUGUAUCUUAUUCAGUUCAGAAGGUUGCUUUUUGAAAUUCCAGCGUAAGGACCAAAACGACGGGUUCGUUUGUACCAAGGUACGAAAUUUACACUUAUUUUAAAGGUUAGGACAAGUGAGGUAGAAGGAGAAAAGCGAUCUCAUAAGAAAGAGAAAUACAAAGUGAACACGAUUGUCUCACAAGCUUAGUAAUUCUGAAAGUAUAGGGACGCGAAGAGUGGAUUGUGCGUAAAAAAGGGCGUGGAAAGAAAACAAAUUGUUUCCUGAAUCCAAAACUAAUUAUACAUUGGGAUCAAAAUGAGUAAAUCUCCAAAAUCAAUCCGUCAGGGCGACGAGAGAAAUUUAUAUCAAAGAAGGCUUAAGGCGACAAAUGCCCCUCUCAAACAUGCUGAUCCGAAUGAUAGAUUGACCGUAAAACAAUCGGAUUCCACCAGGCCUAGUAUUGUAGGAACAAGUCAACGGUCAAAUGCACCUUUGGGCAAAAAUUUCAAGAGUAAAUUGACAAGUCCUAUUAAACAAAAAGCAUUAAAAUCAAAUAAAGUAUCAAAUCAUCUUUACUUACAAACACUAAAAGUAAAACAAUCGUCAAUUGAUCAUUUGAAAGUACGUACAAUGAAGGUACAACAUCAAGAUGGAGGCGAUUCGGCAGUAAGCCAUUCAAAAGGGUUAAAGAAAGAGAUGCCUAAAAAUAAAAAUAAGUCUGAAGAGACUGUAGACAAGGAUAGAGAGAAGAAGAUUGAAAAUAAUCAAGUUGAUGAAUCUAUUGCCUCAAAUACUAACGGAAAAGCUCCUGAAUCUGAGUUAGAAGAACAAAAUCAUGCCGAAAACAAUAUGAGUAAAGAAAGUAAAGACAAAGGUGAAAAUGAUACAACUACAGAAGUACGGAUUACUAAAGACGUCAAACAUGAAGAAGACGUAGUAAUAGUAGCUGAUCCGAAAAAUUCAAAUGGAAAAGAAGAAGAAAAUAAACCAGAAGAAAAAAAUUCACCGAUCACUUUUGUUGAACCUAAAGUUGAAAUUGAAAUAAUGAAUUUAAAUGAAAAAAUCGAAUCCGAACGUCAAUCAAUACCAGUUUCUCAAGAAGAAGACAGUUCAAAUAAAUCAAAAAAUGAAGAAUGUUUAUCUGGGUCAGAUGUUGUUGAAUCUACAACAUCAGAACCAACUAUAGAACAGCAAUUGGAACCACAAAAAAAUCAAGAAGGUUUACAAGGUAAAGAUGAAGACAUGUCCUUCAUUUCAUAUGAUUCAAAUAUCAUGUUAAAGGAUGUUCAAAUUAAAUUAAAUGACUGCUUAAAAGACAAUUCAAAAUUAUUUGAUACAACAGAUCCAAAUGCCAGCAUGACAGAAAACUUCAAGGAUCAAUCAUUCGGAAGAACAUUACGAGGAAUAUCUGGACGUACAUCGUUAGGUCGCUUAAGGAAUAUAACAGUGAGGGAACGUAGAAUGUCUCCAAACGAUUCCCUAUUCGUUAACACAUCACGGAUUUCAGUUUCUCAGGAACGAUCAAUCUAUGGAGAACAUUUCGACUCACCUCUCUUUAACAGCAGUCGCCUUGAAAGGAAACGAAAACGAGUAGCUGACACUGAACCAUCGACAAAAAAAGUUAAAGUUGAUGAAGGGUACAACUUUUUGAACUUCUCUUGGAACUACUUAAAAUAUUGGCGAAGGCCUGAACAAGUCCCUGCAUCAAAUACUAAUGAACUCAAUCUGAAUCUCGAUAACAAAACUAACAUCGAUGAUAGCACGAUUAAUAUAAAUGAAACAACAGAGCCAAAAAAAUGGUGUAUUAUCAUGUGAAAUAAUAUCGUUUAAGUAUGAUAUUGUAAUAAUAACAAUGAUGAUUACAAAUAUUAAAAAAAAAUAGUUAUAAUAA